AUGGGUACCCUUGCCCUGAUUUCGUGGAUUUCGUCGUUCGGUCUACUGUCUUUCCUUACCUACCGAUUCAUUUUCUGGCAACAAUACUAUAAACGUCCCCUCGCCGAAAACCAAUACGUCGUCCUGAUUUACAACCUUCUUUUGGUCGAUCUUCAGCAAGCCACAGCGUUCUUGAUCUGUCUUCACUGGGUUACCAGAGGCUCCGUCAACUUCCCUAGUGCGGCCUGUGUUUUGCAAGGAUGGUGGAUUCAAGUUGCAGACCCUGGAAGUGGUCUUUUCGUCUUGGCCAUUGCCAUCCACACAGCUGACGUUGUGUUGCGUGGUCGACAACUGCCCUUCAAAGGUUUCGUCGCUUGUGUCUGUGGACUGUGGGCGUUCAUCGUUAUGCUUGGUUUGAUUCCCGUUGGCAUGUUCACUUCGGAAACUUUUGUCGUCUCCGAAGCUGGAUGGUGCUGGCUAAGUCAAGAUUACGAAACCGAACGUCUCUGGGUUCAUUAUCUCUGGAUUUUCAUUUCAGAAUUCGGAACGGUCGUGCUGUACGGUUUCCUAUUCAUCUACCUCCGUCGCCGAAUGAAGCAGGCCUCGAUGCUGCGCCAACAACACCAAGACAACCUGAAGCGUCUGAACCGUGUCGUUGUAUACAUGGUUAUUUACCCGUUUGUGUACGUGGUCUUGUCUCUUCCGCUCGCCGCUGGCCGUAUGGCCACAGCACGACACGUCGCCCCCAGCAAAACGUACUUCGCCGUCGCCGGUUCCCUGAUGGCCCUUUCGGGAUUCGUGGAUGUGGCAGUGUAUACUUUGACCCGUCGCCACUUGCUGAUCGAAACCGACUCGAGUGGCAACGACAACGCCUACGUCGACACGAAAGGAUUCCAGACGCAUAUCAGUACGACUGGCGGGAAGGAGAAGAAGUUCCGUGUCGGAAACAAGAUGCGCCGUGGUUUGCAGACCGUGGAGAGUGCCAACGAUACUGUCAACGACGACCGGGACGACUCAACCGAAGACAUUAUGCGCAAGGGCGAUAUGGAAAUGGGCAACCUUGCCCACGGUGGUGUGUACCAGGAGACCACCAUUGAGAUUUCGUCCGAACCCGUGGAGCCAGCAGACCAGUUGAAGCAGCAGCAACAGCAUCAACUUCCUCACCUUGAAUAAUCUCUCAGCUCUCGCUAUCUCUCAGUCUCCAUUACGUUCCUU